CACCAAAAGAUACCAGCAAGACGUUUCUCACACAUUUGCCGAUCAGAUCAAUCACGAAUCUGGGUGCGUCAGGCAAAAGAACGCUCAUCCAGUAGGAAAGAGAGAGAGAGAGAGAGAGAGAGAGCUCUCAUAUUGUCUCAUCUCGGAAGGUCACUCCGCUGCACUCGGACAGGGAACGGUUUGGAGCAGCAUAUUGCCACAUCCAGCGGCUUCAUAGCGAAUCAGCUGGCACGGCAAGUGUAUCAAGCCUCACACAGUUUGCUUAGCCCACUGGCCCAAGAUGUCGACCCCGACCACCGCCGAGUUCGGUCACCCCCUGCGCAAAUUCAAGCUUGUCUUUUUGGGCGAGCAGAGCGUGGGCAAGACAUCCCUCAUCACCAGGUUCAUGUACGACACUUUCGACAACACAUACCAAGCGACUAUCGGCAUUGACUUUUUGUCCAAGACAAUGUACCUCGAGGACAGGACAGUCAGAUUGCAACUGUGGGAUACUGCUGGACAAGAACGUUUCCGGUCUCUUAUUCCCUCCUACAUUCGUGACUCAUCAGUGGCAGUCGUGGUCUACGACAUCACCAACCGAGCAUCUUUCCAAAACACAAGCAAAUGGGUGGACGAUGUGAGGGCUGAGAGAGGUAGCGAUGUCAUCAUUGUGCUGGUAGGCAACAAGACAGACUUGAACGACAAGCGUCAAGUCACUACCGAGGAGGCUGAGAAGCGAGCGCAAGAGUUCAAUGUCAUGUUCAUUGAGACUUCGGCAAAGGCUGGGCAUAACGUCAAGACACUAUUCAAGAAGAUUGCACAAGCUUUGCCCGGCAUGGACAAGGAUGCGACUGCUGAGGGUCAGCAGGGAAACAAGAUGAUCGAUGUCACUGCUGCACCAGCCCAGACGACGAUGGAGGAUGGAAGCUCCUGCAAAUGCUGAAGGAGGGGAGAAAACGUUGAUGCGACUGCUUGUAUAUUUGGCGCUUCGAGGGGCAAGUUCGACAUGCCUUGAAGUCCAGUGUAAUGUGGAGGCGGGCAGUGUAGCCUAGCGCUGCGAGGGGCACGGCUCUGCUUCCCCAAGCGAAUCAGUUCUGGUGUCCUGCCCACCCCAACUUCAACCUCAAUGUCAUUGUUUGGCCUUUUGCUGAGUGUGGACUGAUCAUCGCAGGACCAGCAGAGGAAUGAAUGGCGAUUUUUGGCACCC